AUGACCGACAGCCCGAUCACAAAGCGGAAAACCUCCUCGGAGGCUCUUUCCCCGGAUUCCCAACAGCGGAGUAAGAGGGCGCGCACAGAUUCCCCAGGGAGGGAAUUGAAGACCGAAGACGAUCCCCUGGAAAAGCCGCCAAUGCGAAUUGUUCCUUUCCCCGAAAAGCCCGCAGUUCUAGAGGAGCGCCGAGGCGAGAUUGAGUUCCGGGUGGUAAAUAAUGACGGAUCGCGUGAUAGCUUCAUUGUCCUUACCGGGUUGAAAUGCAUUUUUCAGAAGCAGCUUCCGAAAAUGCCGAAGGAUUAUAUUGCGCGGCUGGUUUACGAUAGGUCGCACCUCUCAAUCGCUAUCGUCAAACAUCCACUGGAAGUUGUGGGCGGUAUUACCUACCGGCCUUUCAACAAUCGCAGAUUUGCGGAGAUAGUAUUCUGUGCCAUCUCAUCUGAUCAGCAAGUUAAAGGAUACGGGACUCAUCUGAUGUCGCAUUUGAAGGACUACGUCAAGGCAACGUCGGACAUCAUGCACUUUCUGACCUACGCCGAUAACUACGCGAUUGGAUACUUCAAAAAACAGGGAUUUACCAAGGAGAUCCAACUGGACAGGUCUAUAUGGAUGGGAUAUAUUAAAGAUUAUGAAGGUGGAACGAUCAUGCAAUGCACGAUGCUGCCGAGGAUUCGAUAUCUUGAAAUCGGGCGCAUGUUGCUCAAGCAGAAAGAGGCGGUCCACGCAAAGAUCCGUGCGUUCAGCCGGUCACAUAUCGUUCAUCCUCCACCCAAGGAAUGGAAGAAUGGAGUGAAUAAGAUCGAUCCGAUGAGCAUUCCUGCCAUUAAAGAGUCGGGGUGGUCACCUGAUAUGGAUGAACUCGCCCGGCAACCGCGUCAUGGGCCGAAUUAUAACCAACUCCUACACCUUCUCAACGAUAUGCAGAACCAUAGCGCAGCGUGGCCGUUCACCCAGCCGGUCAAUAAGGAUGAGGUACUCGACUACUACGAUGUCAUCAAGGAACCGAUGGAUUUGUCUACGAUGGAAGAAAAGCAUGAGAAGGACAUGUACCCGACGCCACAGGAUUUCAUCAAAGAUGCCAUGUUGAUGUUUGACAACUGCCGACGGUACAAUAACGAGACAACACCUUACGCCAAAAGCGCGAAUAGGCUGGAGAAGUUUAUGUGGCAGCAGAUUUCCAACAUCCCUGAGUGGUCGCACUUGUCCGAAGGCCACUGA